AUGUCUGAGUUUGAUAUACUUAACUCUGCCACUAAGUGGUAUGUUGCUCUUCCUGCGUUGAUUCUCCUUUACGUUGCAUAUAAACAGGUUUAUGAGGCAUAUUUGAUGAAGAAGUUGGGAGCAGCUAGAGAAACAAACUGCACCGGAGAUGGAACAUUUGGCUUUAGACUUCCAUUCUGGCUUCUUGAAAAUAAGGAAAAUGGAACGGUUACCGACUUCACAGCUAACAGGUUCAAGGAGGUUGCGUAUCCAAACGUCCCUACAUUCUCUGCAAGAAUGUUUACUGUCAAGUUCUGGCUCACGAAAGAUCCUGAAAACAUAAAAGCAAUUUUGGCUACUCAGUUCAAUGACUUCUGCCUAGGAACAAGGCAUGCGCUGUUUGAGCCGUUAUUGGGGGAUGGAAUCUUUACAUUGGACAACCAAGGCUGGAAGGAGUCUAGACAAAUGUUGCGUCCACAAUUUGCUAGAGAACAGAUUUCACAUGUCAAGAUGUUGGAGCCACAUAUGCAAGUUCUUUUCAAGCAUGUGUACAAGAACAAGGGACAAGUGUUUGAUUUGCAGGAGUUGUUUUUCAGAUUCACAGUUGAUUCGUCUACCGAAUUCUUGUUUGGAGCAUCUGUCGAUUCAUUGAAGGAUGCCAGUAUCGGUAUGCAAGCUAUUUCCAACGAAGUUGAAGGAAAGGAGCAAUUCGCAGAGUCAUUCAACUUUUCCCAAAACUAUUUGGCUUCAAGAGUAGUCUUGCAAAAACUUGCUUGGUUGAUGAACUCAAGGAAAUUCAAGGAAAGUAAUGCUGUUGUCCACAAAUUUGCACAGUACUAUGUCAAGAGAGCAUUGGCAUUGUCUCCAGAAGAGUUGGAAAAGCAAGACGGGUAUGUUUUCCUUUACGAGUUGGCUAAACACACAAGAGACCCAAAGGUUUUGCAAGAUCAAUUAUUGAAUAUUUUAGUGGCAGGAAGAGACACAACAGCCGGUUUGUUGUCAUUCGUCUUUUUCGAGUUGGCUAGAAACCCGCAAGUGUUGGCCAAGUUGAGAGAGGAAAUCGAUUCCAGGUUUGGGUUGGGCAAGGAGGCUAGAGUUGAAGAGAUCACUUUCGAGUCAUUGAAGAACUGUGAGUACUUGAAAGCUGUACUCAACGAAUGCUUGCGUUUGUACCCAUCGGUACCACAGAAUUUCCGUGUUGCCACUAGAAACACAACUCUACCUCGUGGUGGAGGACCAGAUGGAAUGUCUCCAGUGUUGGUGACUAAGGGCCAAGAAAUUCAUUACUGUGUCUAUGCCACGCACAGAAUGGAAGAAUAUUACGGAAAAGAUGCUUGCGAUUUCAGACCGGAGAGAUGGUUUGAACCAGAAACUAGAAAAUUGGGUUGGGCUUUUGUUCCAUUCAAUGGUGGUCCAAGAAUCUGUCUUGGCCAGCAAUUUGCAUUGACUGAAGCAAGUUAUGUCACCACUAGAUUGGUGCAAGAAUUCGGCACGUUGUGGAUGGAUCCAAACACUCCGUACCCACCACACAAGAGGUCACAUUUGACAAUGUCUUUGUAUGACGGGGUUAAUGUCAAGAUGGAGUGA